UUAUGAUGACAAGAAAAAUCCUAAUGAAGAAAAAAUUGGAUUUAGAAGUUUUAAGCUACUCAGAAUUUUACUUCGACAAACUUCAGAAAAACAGUCUGCUACAACUAAAAAUACCACCACAGAAGUGGACGAAUGCUCAGAAAUGGACGAGUCCCUAGCAACCCAUCUGAGCCUUCCAGCGCCGACAGACUCCCUGCUGAGCUCUUCCAGGUCUAGUUGGCACAGUGGUGCUCUGGAAACACGUGCCGUGUACUGUUGCUCUGCAUUACAGCACAUGCCACCUGUACUGUGCAUAAGGCAAAAGAAGAAGAAGAAGAAGAAGAAGAAGAAGAGGGAGAAGGAGGAGGAGGAGGAGAAGGAGAAGGAAGAGGAGGAGGAGGAGGAGGAAGAGGAGGAGGAGAAGAAGGAAGAGGAGGGGGCGGAGCAAUGUCUCAUGACCUCCUACGUGGACGGGAGCCUCAUAGCGGAAAUGGGGGUGUGGAAUCGGACGUCCUUUCUGAUUGGUGGGACGGGUGCUAUGAUGCUUGGUCAGGCGGAUGCGGAAAGACGGGAAGCGUUCAUAGCCGACGUUGAUGGAGUGUUCUCAGCGUACGACAACGGCGGGAAAGGAAGUCUUGCGCCCUUUGAGCUUAAAUGUGCGAUGACGUGUCUGACGGGCAUCAAACCGUCCAAAGCGGAGAUCGCGGCGUUCAUCGCCUCGGCGCCACGUGGAUGCGUUGACCAGUCCACGUUUAAACGACUGGUGAGCGAGAGAUUACAGCUUGCGGAUCCGUUCGAUAGUGUGCGACACGCGUUUCAUGCAUUCGACGUGCGCGGCGUCGGGUUCAUUGGUCGCCAGGACUUCAGGUCUGCGCUACGCGCUUGCCUGCCACGUGUCAGAGACGAUGUGGUCGACUGCGUCUUCGAUGAGAUCGACGUUGACAAAGAUGACAGAAUCAGCUUUAAGGAGUUCGACUCGGCCAUUCGCCUCUCCGUUUGACUUCAAUCACCCCGCCUCCUCCUCCUUAUUCCGCAACGUUUGAAUUCUCUCUCUCUCUCUCUCUCUCUCUCUCUCUCUCCUGUCUCUUAUACACAUCUAGAUGUGUAUAAGAGACAGUUCUUAUUCCGCAACGUUUGAAUUCUCUCUCUCUCUCUCUCUCUCUCUCUCUCUCUCUCUCUCUCUCUCUCUCUCUCUCUCUCUCUCUCUCUCUGUGAACGUGUCUUCUAUCUGGCCGUUUGGCGUGGGCCAUUUUCCCUUGGUUGUUUGCAACGAAAACCGGUGGGUGCUAACGGAACUGUGUAUGUGGAUUGUGUACUGUACGUAUAUAUCGUCAAAUAGAACUGGCCGGUAAACCGUAGGCAGAGAGGGAGAAGAGGACAACAAACGAGGGGCUGUGAC